CAACUGUCAUUCAGAGUGCGUGGUCAUGAGGAAGGUAGGACGACGGGAGAGGCUGAAAAACACACGUUAUACACAACAAGAGUGGAAGAAGUCACUUUAAAAGUUAUAUUUAUCAUGUGUGUGGACACGGGGGACGUGGUUUAGUGUUUCCCAGUCUCUCCGUCUCUUCCUUCUCUUCCGACAGAACAACCGACAACUUUGGAAAACAAAACGUUUUCGGGGACGACACGGGUUGUAAGUUAAAAAAAACAAAAACGUUUUAAAGCACCAUGUCCGCCCCGAGCAACUCGCUACAGCAGCCCCGGGUGAGACGCAGCACGGCGGGCUCCCCCGGCUCCGCCUGCCGCCUGCACCCCCUCCGCGCCACGGUGCCCUACCAGCUGCUCAGCCCCGGGGGGCGCAGCAGCAGCCCGACCCAGCGGACCCAGACCCAGACCCUCUCCGUCGGAGGAGGAACCAACAGUACGUGCAUCUCGAAUCCGGCCAGCCCCAUACUGAACUCUGGUGCCAAUGGCAAGCAAAGACAUUCCCCCGAAAACAAGGACUCGGGUUCCCCCGACUCGGCCGUCUGCAGAGUGGAGAGGUCCAAGUUCCCCGUGCGGGGUACCAGUGCCGUUCUGCGGACGUCAUCCCUUGACGCCAUCACAGGGCCCUACCUCACAGGCCAGUGGCCCCGGGACACUCAGGGGCCCUACUCCUCCUGCAUGAAAGACAAAGCCACUCAGACUCCAGGCCCCUGGAUAGACGAAGCUCUGGACCAGGGGAGUCCUCACCCACGAUCUGCCUCUUGGGGCAGUGCAGACCACCUCAAGGAGCAGAUUGCUAAACUGCGCCUGCAGCUCCAGCGCAGCAAGCAGGUCAGCCGCCAGGGCAAAGACAAGGAGCACGGCGUCCCACAGCAGUCCCAGCAGACACAGUACAGCAACGCCUGCCCCCCCCAGCCCAAGGCGAUGUCCUCCAGCCUGUCUGUGCCCAAGUGCCUGAUCUCCAGGGUGCCCAGCCACGUGGAGGGCAUCAACCACGAGCUGGAGAACGUCUUCAUCAGGGAGGACGGGGAGCAGAGUCUACAGGCCAUGGACGUCAUGGACGGCCGCCGGGCUCCCUUCCCUCCGCAUCGCUAUGGCAACGGCGGGGACACGCGCGACACGGACACCCAGGCGCCGUCCAGCGGCAGCGACAGCAGCCCCUCCCCCCGGCCCGGCAGCCCCGACGGGCUGCGCUCGGUGGGGGGCAGCCCCUGCUCCGUGGAGGACGCCGACAAAGACCUGCCGAAGUUCGCCACGUCCCCCAAACCCAACAACAGCUACAUGUUCAAGAGAGAGCCGCCCGAGGGCUGUGAGAGGGUCAAGGUGUUCGAGGAGUUGGGGUCCAGCCGGUCCAAGGGAUUCCCGCUCUUCUCCUGCCCCGACAAAAACAAGGUCAACUUCAUCCCCCGUGGCUCCGCCUUCUGUCCCGUCAAACUCUGCCCCUCCCUCUGCUCCUCCUCCUCCGUCGCCCCCUCGUCCUACACUGACCUCGGUUUCCACGGCAACCUACCGGCGACCACCCCCACCAUCAGAAUAAAAGACACAGACGCGGCGGGCGCGGGCGCCACCGACGGCAGCACAGACACAACGGAUACCAUCAGCACAGACCCGGGCAGCGAGGGCAGCAUCGCUAAGGCACUCGUCGCCAGCAGCAGCUAGACCCGAGCCCGGCUCCCUCCAGCCGGGGGUUGGACCUCCAGAGCUGCCCGCUGCCCCCCGGUCCAGUCCCCCUCCUAAACAUCCCACCCAAGCACCCCCAAGUAUCCAGUGAAGAAUGUUAAGAAUACUUGUCACGCGGAGAUGAGUCCUAUAGCCUUCUGCUGUCUAACCAAACCAGCGCCGCCUUUACGAUGGAGGAAUGUUCUCUUCCCCUUCUCCGCCUCCCUCCCUCCCUCCCUCCCUCCCUCGCUGGAUGAUUGACACUAAGCCCACCGUUGGCAGAGAGUCGGAGAACACGAUCUCCAGGGGAGGUGUGUUGAAGCGAUUUUGGCGGUUGGUGAUUCCGUGGAUACCGAGGAAGGAGAGUUCUCUGCAUUCCCCCGCGGUCACAACGGGAAAAGGGCACCAAAACAGGAAGAACCACAGCCUCCAUUAACCCCAAUUGCUAGCCAGCAGGGCCUCAGUCACGUCCCUCUCCACUAUCACGAGCAGUCCCAGUUCCCCUAAAGAUGAAGGCCGUCUUGGGCCUGAUACCUUUCUGUUCUGGGUGUGUGGUGAGCCGUCUGGGUGCUCGUGUGGGAUCUACCUUGAGCUGCCUUGGUUCUGGUCAGGUUUUUGGGAACAACCCCUCUCUCGCAACUAACGCAGUGCUCUACCGCCUUCCUCACGGUGACAACCAGCCAACGGGCCUUAGUAACCAGGCAGCCAUCUUGGUUCUGAUUCAGAAGGCCAGCCGGGCAAUGGAACCAAAUGCCGAAGAUAAGAUGGCCGCCCGGUGAACAAGCCUAAUAACACACAAAACGCUUUGAUUAUUUUAUUUUGGUUGCAAAAAAAUAGAGGAUAUGACUGUUCAGUGUAUUGUGUUCAGUAGAGAGCAGUUCUUUUCAAGAAAAUACUAAAAAGGAGAAAAAAAAUGAAACUGAAAGGGAGUGCAGGGCAGAGACAGGGGAACCGUUUUGUUAAUGUUUGAUUGUUCUAACCAGCUUAUUUAACCGCUUAGUGUUCAGCAAGCUACUAGCUUGACCCAUAAGCUUUUCCACACUGUUCAUUCUAGAUUAUAGCUGAAGCUAAGCGACUUAGCACACGGCCUAGCCGGCGCUAGCUACAGUACUAGCAGCACAGUGGACACAGGGAACCAGCCUUAAUAUAUUGUACAUAUGGAGCUAGCCAGCUAACCAGCAACGCUCACCACAUGCACCACACAGACAACACAUAUCUGAUCAUAUGUGAGCCAAUGACAACUCAUGCGACACGCAAAGACCCCCCCGCCCCCCCAGCGACAAAUCCAAGGAAAAGAAACUCAGGUGUUGCAGAAUGUAUUCCGUUAGUUCCCGUCUGGAAACCGCGGCCACGCCGCGGCUGUCAAUCAUUCCCGAGUCAAGACUAUGAACUAUGCUAAGCUAAGCUAUGCUUCGAAAGGCCAGAGGGGCUGUGUGAGUGUGAACCAAACUGAGACCUUCCUCACAACACACACACGCCUACACACCCACUCGCAGGUGUUCAAACGUUUCAGGUGCUACGACACAUUCCACAGAUCUGCGUUUUCCUCCUUUGGCUGAGAGCACCGAUGCCAUCUGAUUAGCCUCGUUAGCUCCUCUGUGCUAACUCGAUAGCACGGCUAGUGCUAGUCCCGUUUUUUCGGCCGAUUCCCGUUUUUGUAAAUGAUGUACCAAAGCAGAUCGCAAAGAUCAGAGAGAAUAACCCCAGGCUUAGCAGACGCAAAGGACUUUUUUUUUUUUUGAGUGCCUUGUGUUUGGCCGAACUUUGUUUAAAACUACAUUUUUGUGUAAAUUGUUUACACAAGACUAAGCACUUACUUGGUAGUGGCCAGAUAUUCCGAAUAAGAUUCCGUAGGGAAAGACUUUUGAUUUUGUGUGUGUGGCGUUGGAAGUGAAGGCAGCGGACCACGUCUAAACAUUUUGUUUUUUUGUACGAUUAGGUUGCCUUAGAAGUUCCAAACCGGCCGUAGACAUUCCUUAUAAAAGUUUCCCCCCACCCAAAACAAAAAUAACCCAAUUAAUAAUUGUAUUGGAUGGAAGUCCAGUAUGCCAUGGCUUUACUUGAGUUUGAGAGAUAUUUAGCUUUGUUCCAAAACGUGAGCUGUGCCAAGCCACUUGCACAACAAACCACAAUGCUUUUAAAACAUACAACCAUUCCACGGACCUGUUAACCGUUUCACUUCUUUCCUUUCCAGCUUCAGGAGUUAAAUCACAAACCCUUUUCUUUCUUUGCAUGCUUCUGGUGCCGUGCAGUUAAACGACGAUAGGCGUUCCUGGCACAAGUAAUCGAGUUCUCCUGUGGAUUACCUUUUGUAUGUAGAUCUUGUUUUUUGUUGGUUUUUUUUCAAUAAAGUCAACAAGAAAAAAGCA